GAGUAGUACUUGCAGGGGUAUGCUUGUCUGAGCAUCUCAGCUGAGCUCAGCACUGUGACUGCAGAAGGACUCGGUACAUGACCUGGAGCUCGGUCACUCCUUGAGCCCCGUGUGCGCAGGGUGACAGUAUCCUGAGGAGUCUGUGGGCGUGGGUCUCGGCCACGCGUGAGAGAGAUGGGGGCCUGGACGUGUCCGCAGAUGAGGCAGCCUCAGAGCCCGCCCCGUUCCUGCCUGCGCCGCGGCUAUGCUGUGCCCGGCUGCUCUCGCCAUGGCAUUGGGAUGGCGCAGAGGGACUGGGGGAUCGUGCUCCCCGAUGGUCCCGUCACCGCCAUGUGUUGUGCCCGGGGUGGGGAUAGGAGGUGUGACCGGGCCAGGGCCGCAUAUAUGUCCCGCCCGCGGUGCUGGUGGCACCCUCCAUGCCGGGAUGACCUGUCCCGGUGUGCUCCAUGCCGGGAUGUCCUGUCCCGGGGAGCUCCAUCCCGGGCUCCCCCGUGCCGCGCCACCCCAUCGCGGCACCGCGGCCAUGUGCCCCCCGCCGGUUCCAACGGCGGCCCCGUCCCCCUGCGGCGGCCACGCCCUCUGCCCCAGCCAAUGGGCGAGCAGGGUGCCCGCCCCGCCCACGCUCUCGCCCGCGCCCCUAUAUUAACGGCCAUUGCGGCGCCCCCUCAGCGCCGCCUCCCGCCUCCUUCGCCCGGCAUCGCCUCGCGCUCGCGCCGCUCCCGCCAUGACCGAUGCGGCCGUGUCCUUCGCCAAGGAUUUCCUUGCCGGCGGGGUGGCGGCCGCCAUCUCCAAGACCGCCGUCGCCCCCAUCGAGAGGGUCAAGCUUCUGCUGCAGGUGCAGCACGCCAGCAAGCAGAUCUCCGCCGAGAAGCAGUACAAGGGCAUCAUCGACUGCGUCGUGCGCAUCCCGCGGGAGCAGGGCAUCCUUUCCUUCUGGCGCGGCAACCUGGCCAAUGUGAUCCGGUACUUUCCCACCCAGGCCCUCAACUUCGCCUUCAAGGAUAAGUACAAGCAGCUCUUCCUGGGCGGCGUGGACAAGCGAACCCAGUUCUGGCGGUACUUUGCCGGUAACCUCGCAUCCGGGGGUGCCGCCGGCGCGACCUCCCUCUGCUUCGUCUACCCGCUUGACUUUGCCCGAACCCGCCUGGCAGCGGAUGUGGGUAAAGCCGGGGCCGACCGGGAGUUCAGUGGGCUCGGUGACUGCCUGGUCAAAAUUUUCCGCUCUGAUGGCAUUAAGGGCCUGUACCAGGGCUUCAGUGUCUCUGUCCAGGGCAUCAUCAUCUACAGAGCUGCCUACUUUGGUAUCUACGACACCGCGAAGGGCAUGCUUCCAGACCCAAAGAACACCCACAUUGUUGUCAGCUGGAUGAUUGCUCAGACUGUCACUGCUGUUGCUGGUUUGGUCUCCUACCCUUUUGAUACAGUUCGUCGUCGCAUGAUGAUGCAGUCUGGCCGUAAAGGAGCUGACAUAAUGUACACCGGCACUCUUGACUGCUGGCGGAAGAUUGCCCGGGAUGAGGGCUCCAAGGCCUUUUUCAAAGGUGCAUUGUCAAAUGUACUCCGAGGAAUGGGUGGUGCUUUUGUCUUAGUCCUGUAUGAUGAAAUCAAGAAGUAUACAUAAGUUGUUUCCUGUUGUGAACUGGCAUGUUGUUCUAUGUAGUCUGUGACCGUUCAUGGACUUGUUUGAAAACCAUCUAGUUGCUAAACAGUGGCAGCUGAUGUUUAUACAGGUUGGCACGGGGCAGCGGUGACUGCCUGCCCUGUCUUCAUCAAACUGUUCCCCCUGAUGGGACUCAUGAUGGUUUCUAUUUCGGUCACUCCUUCUUAAAGAGUACAGAGAAAUAAAAAUCUGAAACCAA